CCGCCGAGGUUGUUCCUGACAUCCGUCCUGCGCUCCAGGCCAUAAGACCGAGCCUUCCCGACCUUCCCCGCCGGCAGCUGCUCUCUGCCUCCGUCCAGACAAUCUCCCCCCCCAUCACCUUCCGUCUUGUUUCCAAGCCACCCUUUUUCGUCCUUUCUCCCCUGUAUUGCACUGCACGGCACUGCACGGCACUGCACCGCAUUCCACGACAUUCCACUGCUUCCCCGCUACAUUCCAUCCAUCCAAUGACACAAGUCUCCCCAAAGCAAGUCGCACGCUGGGUCGUCGGCACCAAGCACGUCUUUGUCCGCUCCCUGCUGAGCUUCCUGGCCGACCCGCAGCUCAUCUCGGUGUUCACGGCCUCGAUGGUUGGCCUCGCCACAAUUUCAUACCGGUCGCGGGUCAAGUCCAUGAAUUGGAAGGCCGCUCACCUGGAUGCCCUCAAGAAGGAUGUUCCCAAGAUCGAGGUCAAGAAGAAGGGCGUCGCCGCCGUCGACGCUGUUUUCUUCAAGCGACUGUUCUACAUCUUGCGCAUCUGUGUCGGAACCGAUCCCAAGACAUGGCUGCUCAUCAUUACCCAGUUGGGCAUGCUUGUUGGCCGAAGUCUGCUCUCGUUGCGCAUCGCCCGCAAGGGCGGUGAUGGCCUCAAGGCCGUGAUUAGCAAGAGCUUUGUCCAGUUUGGCGUCGUCAUCACCGACUUUUUCAUCAUGGGGAUCGUCGCGAGCGUCAUCAACUCGUCGCUCAAGUAUCUGGCCAAUCUGAUGACCCUGGAAUUCCGGAAAAAACUCACGACACAUACCCACGAAAAGUACCUGCGCGACCGCUCGUUCUACAAGGCUGCCAUCCUGCGCGAGGGCAAUCUCGAUCACGCCGACCAGCGCAUCACUGACGACAUCAGCAAGUUCUGUGAGACCGCCUCGGACCUGUAUUCGCGGACGUUCAAGCCCCUGCUCGAUGUCAUCCUCUGCACUCAGCGGAUGGCCGAAAACAUUGGCUACCCCGGCUUGGUUUGCCUCUACUCGUACUUUUUCCUCUCGGGCUUUGUGGUGCGCUGGAUCUCGCCGCCGUUUUCCAGGAUGAUCGCCAAGAUCCAGGAGCUUGAGGGCAGUUUCCGUCGCGCUCACUCGCGACUGAUCACCCAUGCCGAGGAAGUUGCCUUCCUCAACGGCAGCGAGUGCGAAAAGGCCAUUUUGAACGAGCGGCUCGGCCACGUCACCGAUUUCUCGGAGUACUACUUCAUGUGGCAUUUCAAGCAGGGUAUUAUGGAUCAGUACAUCCUGAAGUACCUUGCCUCGAUCAUUGGAUGGCCGAUCUUGGCCGUCCCCUUCCUCCUGAAGGAGGGUGUGGAUAUCUCCGAAAUCGCUGCUCGCUACCGCGAAUCCGACUCGCUCAUUCAGGGAGCCUCCGGCGCCAUCUCGGACUUGCUCAUGGUCUACAAGAAGCUCGCCCAGCUCUCCGGCUUCACUGCCCGCGUUAUGGAGCUGCUCGAGGCCGUCGAGCCCCAGGAACGCGAUCUCUCGCUCAUGUCCUCCAAGUUCCUCGAGUCCGAUGUCGAAGACAUGAUUUCGUUCCGAGACAUCACCAUCACCAGCCCUGACGGCAGGCUCCUGGUCAAGGAUCUGUCCUUUGAUAUUGUUCCAGGCAAGAACAUCCUUGUCACCGGCGCCAACGGAGCCGGCAAGACCUCGCUCUUCCGAGUGCUGGCUCAGCUUUGGAUUCCAACUGCUGGCACCGUCACCGUCCCUCGAGGUGCUCGCGAUUUGGCCCAGCCCCUUCUAUUCUACGUCCCACAGCGACCGUACCUUGCCUCCGGAAGCUUGCGCGACCAGGUUACCUAUCCCAGCCGCUUCGGUGUUCCUGGCCCAGAGCGCGAUGCCGUUGACGCCAAAGUCCUCGAGUGUUUGGACCGGGUCAAGCUCCUCAAGCUAUAUGAUUCAACCAAGGGUGGCCUGGACUUUUCCCACUUUGACUGGAACGAUGUUCUCAGCGGCGGCGAAAAGCAGCGAGUUGGUCUGGCCCGUCUGUUCUUCCACCAGCCCAAGUAUGCGGUGCUUGACGAGGCCACCAGCGCGAUCAAUCCCGACGAAGAAGGCGGUCUGUACGAAUGGUGCCAAAAGCUCAACAUCACAGUGUUCUCCAUCGCCCACCGAUACGAGCUCAAGCGGUUCCAUCAGGUACAUUUGCACUACCUUGCCGACGGCACAGGCAAGGUCGAGAUCACAAACCUUUAGACAGGGUCCACUUGGACGACCUACGCUGCGACGGCAUCGUGGUCCCAAGUCCAGCAGGCCGCUCGUGCUCAGGAAGGGUCAUCUUGGUGCUCUCCUGUGCGAUGGCGGCCGCAAUGCCAUCACAUCCGGGCCUGAUCCAACGGAACAGCAUGCUCUUGGACCAUCAGCCAAACUGCCGUUGGUGCCAGGCACAUCAAAAGCCAAUACACUCAUCCCUCGCCCCGCA